AUGUCUUAUUGUAACUUUUGUAAAACAACAACAGAUCAUCAAACAAUUUUUUGUUCACAAACUCAAUGUAAAGUGUGUCAAAAAUAUGGACAUAUAAAUAUAUAUUGUCCAACAUUACCUUGUCGUGUUUGUGGGGUGAAAGGUCAUACUUUGAGAACAUGUCAAUAUGAAAGAAUUUAUUCAAAGAAUCAUGUAUAUGCGAAACCAGAUAAUGAUGGAUUAUUAGAAUGUGGGUGUUCUGCAGAUCUUCUCAAGAGAAGAAUUGAAGAAAUAAAGGAAUAUCAACCUAAUAUGUCAUAUAAUCGAAGAUAUCAUUGUUGUAGAUGUCUUGAUAUUAUUAAUGUCGAUAAAAUUCGAGAGACGAAUAAUACUUUUUUAUGUAUUGGGUGUAAUGCAGAAUUUUAUGAAAAUUUAAAUGAUAAUGAUAAUAGAAAAAUUCAAUAUAAAAAUAGUGAUGAAUAUAGAAAAAAUCUUGUAAAAUGUGUUGUGUGUCAAAAGGAACAUAAACGAGCAAGUUAUUUAGAUGGAAUUGGGGAUUUUUGUGAUAUACAUCAUCAAGUUGCAUACAAAGUAUGGAGAGAUAUGGAUAAUCCAAAUAUAAAAUUAUGGACUCGUAUUAUUCAUUGGACAGAUACAAAUCAAACGAGAUUAUCAGCUUAUCCAAUGAAUCAAUCUGCAAUAUUGAGAACUGUAUUGAGAUUACAAAAUAAAUUAGAUAUUUCUUACGAAGAAGCAUUGAAUGAAAAAUCUGGAGAUUUUUGGAAUUCUAAAGGAGAAACUGAUGAUUCUGAUGAUUGGUAUUAUGAUGAUUACUCUUUUGCAAGAGUAAUAAAUACUUUGAAUAUAAAUAAUGAACAAAGAAUUGAAAGAGAAAGAUUGAGAAAAUUAAUAAUUGAAUCAUUCGAGUUUCAUUCAAAUAUAGAUAUUGAAAAUUUAUUAGAUAAUUUACAUAGAAAUUUUGGUGGAAAUUUGGAAAAUAUUACUUUUUGUAAAUCAUGUUGGUGUGUUGUUAAAAAAACAAGAGAAAAUUUAUGUGAUGAUUGUAAUCCAAAUAGAGAUAAUAAUCAAGAAAAUUUAAUUAAUAAUAAUAAUGAUAAUUAUAUUAAAAUAAUGGAAAAAAUGGAAGAAAUAUCUAAUCAAAUUAAUCAAUUAAAUUUAAUUUCAAAAGAGAAUAAGAAUGAAAUAGAAAAAAUUAAAGCUCCAUUUGUAUUGAUUAAAAAUUUAUGUAAUACUUUUAGUGAUAAAGACAAAGAUUUUAUUUCAUUUAUGUAA